UAAUCGAUGUGUUGUUUGUUUCAGAUGGGAUACGGCGAAUUUGGUCAGUUUACCGGGGGCAUUCAUACUCGCUUAUACAGCCGCGCAUUCGUAAUAGACGAUGGUAAAUCCAGAGUUUUAUUUCUUUCUUUAGAUGCGGGUAUGACGUCACAGCUCCUUUACCUUGAGGCUACUAAGGCUCUUCAAAAAAAGUAUGGAAAAUUGUAUUCCGAUAAAAAUGUAUGCAUCAGUAGUACGCACACCCACUCGGGGCCGGCAGGAUUCGGUAACGUUCUGUACAUACUCACAUCUCAAGGUUUCGUCAAGGAGACAUUCGACACCAUGCUUAAGGGGAUUUUAAAGAGUGUUGAAAAUGCGCACAAGAACAUGCAACAAGGAUACAUAUUCCACAAUGAAGGAGAUCUUUACAAUGCCAGUAUUAACAGAAGCCCUACUUCCUACUUGAAGAACCCGAAAGAAGAAAGAGACAAGUAUGAUUCAAACCUUGAUACAAAGAUGACUUUAUUAAAAUUCACAGAUAUUAAUAAAAAACCAAUCGGCAUGAUCAACUGGUUUGCCGUUCACCCUAGCAGUAUGAACAAGACAAACGUCUUGAUUAGUAGUGACAAUAAGGGGUACGCAUCUUUGCUUUUCGAGAAGAAAAUGAAUCAAAACGCUCUGCUUGGAAAAGGUCCAUUUGUAGCCGCAUUUGCUCAAGCAAACGAAGGUGAUGCUUCGCCAAAUACAAAAGGACCUAGAUGCAUAGAUACUGGAUUGCCGUGUGAUCAGGAUACCAGCACCUGCAAUGGACAAAAUGAUAAAUGUAUAGCAUUUGGUCCCGGUAAAGAUAUGUUUGAAAGCGUGCAAAUCAUAGGAAGAAAGCAAUACGAAAAGGCAUUGGAAUUAUUUGAAUCAGCGGUUACUCCAAUUUCUGGGCCUGUUGGAUAUACUCAUCAAUAUAUUGAUAUGACUCAAACUACAGUCACUGUAAAUGGAACAACUAAAGCAACAACUUGUAAACCGGCUAUGGGCUACAGUUUCGCUGCCGGAACGACUGAUGGACUCGGAUCAUUUGAAUUUAAGCAAGGAUCAAAAUCAGAGAACAACUUGAUGUGGAAUUUAGUUCGAAAUUUAAUAAAAGCUCCUAGUGCAAAACUCAAAGAGUGCCAAAAACCAAAGCCAAUUUUACUAGCCACAGGAGAGAUGACCCUUCCAUACCAGUGGCAACCAGCUAUUGUCCCCACUCAGAUAUUGAAAAUCGGACAACUAGCAAUGGUGGCGGGUCCUGGUGAAUUUACGACUAUGUCGGGAAGAAGAGCAAUGAGUGCAGUGAAAAAGAUUUUGGACAAAUGCUCUUCUGUUGACAAUAAAGUUGUUUUUGCUGGAAUGAGCAAUACUUAUUCAUCAUACGUUACAACAUUCGAAGAAUAUCAGGUGCAACGUUAUGAGGGAGCAUCAACAAUCUAUGGUCCUCACACAUUGCAAGCAUACGUUGAAGAAUACGAAAAAUUAGCAAGAGCUUUGUGUACUGGUGAAAAGUUACCUGACGGACCCAGACCGAAGAACCUCUUAGAUAAACAAGUUUCCCUCCAACCAGGAGUGGCAUACGAUUCACCACCUCUCGGAAAAAAAUUCGGCGAUGUAAUGAAGGAUGCUAAGAGUAAAUACUCUCCCGGAGACAUAGUAAAUGUAACAUUCGUCAGUGGACACCCAAGAAAUGAUCAUAUGCUCGACCGCACAUUUUUGACCGUCGAAAGCUUAGAUCGAACAACAGGAAAGUGGACUGUUGUGGCUACUGACUCAAACUGGGAAACAAGAUUUUAUUGGAAAAGAACAAAUGUGGUGUUAGGCCACAGUGAAGCAACAGCUAGUUGGCAUAUUCCGGAAGAUGUUAAUCCAGGGAAAUACAGGAUAAGACAUUUCGGAUCCAGUAAAAGUAUGUUUCAAAGAAUUACGUCAUAUGAUGGAGCUUCAAGAAUCUUUACAGUCGAAUCAAAAACAGCGUAAAUAAACCAUACUAAAUAAUGUAAUCAAGUGAAUGUAGUCCUUUGAUUCAAAAAAUAAAUGCAAUUUAAAACAGCA